UACUCCACCACAAUACCUUUGGCCCUCAUAAGAACCAGCACAGUCAGGGUCGUUCUUUCCCCCUCGAUAUCCUUGGCUGCUGUCCACAGAGAACUCCUCCUGAGAAUUGCCUGUGCUUCCAUGCUGUUCUGUUUGCUGUUUCCAUUUCUUUCAGGGAUCAAGUUGACAUGGCUCAGCAGUGCUUCCACAGUGAAUAUUUUGACAGUCUGCUGCAUGCUUGCAAACCUUGUCACCUUCGAUGUUCUAACCCUCCUGUACCCUGCCAGCCUUACUGUAAUCCAAGCAUCUCCAGUUCAGUAAAAGGGACAUAUACUGAUCUCUGGACCUUCUUGGGCUUGACCUUGAUCGUUUCUUUGGCACUUUUCACACUCACACUCUUGCUGAGGAAGAUGAACUCUGAAGCCCUGAAGGAAAAACUUCAAAACCCAGGAUCGGUUCUUCUGGACAAGGCCAAUACUGACUCAAUUGAGAGGGCUGGUGAUGAAAGGAUUCCUCCUCAAAGCCUGGAGUACACAGUGGAAGAAUGUUCCUGUGAGGACUGUGUCAAGAGCAACCCCAACGUUGAUUCUGACCAUUUCUUCCCGCUUCCAGCCAUAGAGGAGGGUGCGACCAUUCUUGUCACCACAAAAACGAAUGGCUAUGGCAAGACUGUGUCAACUGCUUUGGAAAGUAUCACAGGGAUGGAGAAGCUCACUCCUUCUAGAAAAUCAACCUUCUGACUGGUGUCAGGCCUCUUAGAGAGCCUUUUGUUAGGAGAGCUGAUGCUUCAGGUGUCUUUAGGAUGACAGUCUUAUCCACUGGAAUACAGCUUUUUGUCCUUUCA